GCACUGCACGAGGUGGAGAAGAAAGCAGCCAUGACUUCCUGCUUUUUCAUUUUCAUUUUUAGCUGCCAAAGUAAGUAAAGGACGAAGUGAGAGAAAGAGAGAAGUUAAACAGAGAAACGACGCACAAUUCCCCAUGGUGUCUCCCUCACAUUCACCCAAACUCAUCGCUUCAGCCUCCAUAACUCCGUCGUGACCGUCGGCGCCUCCUCUAUGCCGCCAAAACAAAUCCGCAGGACGCCGUCAUAUUCUCACACCAUUUGAAUCUCUCUCUCUCUGGCUCUCUUGGUCCUUCGCUCUUGCGAGAACGGAAAGCUCUCUCUCCAAUCCCUCUCCGAAUCCCUAGCUCCAGACGCUUGCUGUUGACAUUUUUGGGCAAAUCAGGAUAAACUAGUAGUAGUCCAUUCUACACUUUGUGCCGCCUCUUGCAAUCUGCAGUAGAUUUUCAUCAUGGGUUCAGCUUGUUGUGUUGCCGCAAGGGAUCAAACUAUACCCCACAGAGCUUCCGGUGAAGCUCUGCAUAGGAAUUCCAUAGAUUCACCAUCAUGGAGCUUCCGGUGGGAUAGAGGGCGUGUGGCUGGCAAAAUUGAGAAUCCCUCAUAUCAGGUGUCCCAUGGAAUCAGCAGGAAUGUUAGCAUGGAGCUAAAGGGGUCUUUAGGUUCUGAAAGAGGUAAUUUGUCUGAUGGGGGAAGCCUUAUGGAGAAUUAUGGAACACCAACCUCUCUGAAGUCUCCAGUCCAUGAGGGAGUGGAUGUGAAUCUGAUGACUCCACAUUCAGAUCUGUCCGCAGCAAGCAUUUUUUCUGCAGAGGUGAAGAGCAUAGCAGAAUCGCCAGAAAUUGCAGAUUCAGCUGCGCCAAAUCUUUCUAUUUUAUCCAUGAUUUCAGCUUUUUCAGCACCAUCUGUUGAUUACCUGCCUACCCAGUCUUAUCCAGUUCUGCCUAACACAACCCCAUCAAGACGAGCCCUUCGUUCACCAGGAUACCAGCUGUUGAGACAGGCCUCUGAUAGUCGGAUCUUGAGAUUAAAAUCGCCAAAUAACAACUCAAUAUCUGAAGGAAGACCAUCUUUUAUACUCUCCACUGGCAGCAAUGACUUGGCCACAGGAUCUCAAUUUGGAUCUUCGGAUGGUUGGUCCAUCCGCACCUUUUCUGAGCUUGUGGCCUCUUCACAAAGAGAAAGGUGGUCUUUUGACAGCGAACACUUUGCCUCUGGCCGUUGCAAGAUUAGUGGAUCUAGCAGCAGGUUCUCAUAUUCCCCCUCUGUAGAAUUACAUUGUUGUGGGGUCUGCUCAAAGCUCCUAACAGAGAGAUCUUCAUGGAGUAGCCGUUGCAAUGAGGUCCCAGUGGCUUCCGUGCUGGUCUGCGGGCAUGCUUACCAUGCCGAGUGCCUGGAGACUAUAACAGUAGAGGCUGACCGGUAUGACCCACCUUGCCCAAUUUGUAUGGUUGGAGAGAAGGAAGUCUCAAAGAUGUCCAAAGCAGAGUCAAAGUCCAAGAACCAUAAGAAAUCCAAAAACCGGAUAGUGGAUAGUUACCUCGAUGGUAAUUUUGAUGUUUUUGAUCGCCAAAAAGAUUCUGAACAUAAAGGAAAAGUUCCCAAGAUGGGGGGAUCCAGUUCCAGCACUAGUAGCUCCUUUGCCAAGCCAUUCUUGAGGAGGCACUUCUCUAUUGGGUCCAAAUGGAGUAGGUCCCUGUCAGAGAAUUACUCUGCGAGGAAGAAGGGUUUUUGGGCAAGGUAUCGCAAAGAUUAAGCUCCUGUAAACAGAAUAGUGGUGAGAACCUCUCUCAUUAAAAGUUGUUACGCCAGCAUUUUAGGAAUUUUCUUCUUCAACGUAGUGUGUUAGCUUCGCUACUUAGAAAAAAAAGUUGUAGUAUAGCUUGGCCAAUAAAUAUAGUUUUUAGCUAUUAUUCCCUUGGAGGCUGUUAAUUAGCAGUGGAGCAAUCACCGUAUCCUGCGUGCCAGAAGAAACCGGCCACUUUGGAUGGUUUAUAAUUCAUUUUAUGAUCAUAUAGCCCUCCUCUCCUGACCUUUUUUUACCCCUUUUUUUUUUAGAGUAAUGCUACGUAUAGUUAUUUUUGCGCACUCCCUGCGCACUCCACUGAUAUGAUUGGCUGGAUUAAUUUUUUUUUUAAUACACAACCAAUCAUAUUACUGGAAUGCACAAAGGAGUCUGCGAAAAUGACUGCACAUAGAAUUUUCCUCUUUUUUAAGGAAAAUUUAACUUUUAGGGUGUUUUGUUGGGGGUGGGGGGAGCUCCUGUGCUUGCUUAUUCUAUGAUGUUUAACGUAUUACAAUGGGGAAAGUAAUUUUGUGCACUAUGUCGUGGUUCGGUUGAGGUGCAUGUAGAUGUUUGGUGAAUUUUUCCAGCCAGUGUCCACCCAUCCCCCACGCCAUAUCUUCUAUUUCUGUAGUAAAUCCAUGUUGUAACUGUUGCACUUAAAGACUGCGGUACAAAUUAAUAGAUAAAUUGACUACAAUAUCUCAUGUUCUACAA